AUGUCAUCAGAAUCAAGUUACAAUAGCAAUAUUUCUUCUUCUAGUUCUUCGAAUUCUGAUGAUCCAAAUUCUUACACACACAUUCAAAUAACUCGUAACAAUGAGUACAUGCGUCGUUCGGAAAGGCGCAGACAAACGACUCGGUUGAUGGAUCAAAUGAUGGAAAGGUUUGUGAUGGCCAAUCCAGCUGAAUUAUAUGCAAUGGUAACUCAAGUUCCAAGAGCGCCAAGAACUGUAGUGCCAAGGGAUCGUGAUGAGGGGCACCAUCGGUUAUGGAAUGACUACUUUGCCGAGAAUCCUGUUUAUCCCCCACAAAUGUUUCGGCGGAGAUUUCGCAUGCAAAAACAUGUCUUCCUCCGCAUAGAACAAGUCUUGACUUCGAAAAAUUCAUUCUUCCAACAAAGGCCAGAUGCCGCAGGUAAACUUGGUGCAUCAUCAUUAUUAAAAUGCACUGCCGCUAUGAGAUUGUUAGCUUACGGCGGAGCGGCGGAUUCUGUGGACGAUUAUCUAAAAAUUAGUGCAUCUCUUGCUAGAGAUUCACUACGACAUUUUGUAGAAGGGGUGGUCGCCCACUUCGGGGACGAGUACUUAAGAAAGCCCAAUGAAGCAGAUCUAAGAAGAUUGUUGUACGCAGCUGAAGAACGAGGAUUUCCAGGAAUGAUGGGCUCCAUCGACUGCAUGCACUGGAGAUGGAAAAAUUGUCCACUUCAAUUUAAAGGACUUUAUUCGGGAAGACCGGGUAAGCCAACAUUGGUUUUAGAAGCCGUUGCUUCGUAUGAUCUAUGGAUCUGGCAUGCUUUCUUUGGAACGCCAGGUAGGUGUAAUGAUAUCAAUGUUCUUGAUAGAUCUCCAUUAUUUAAUGAUGUUUUUGAGGGUCGUGCACCCGCAGUUAACUAUGUUGGUAACGGACAUCAAUACGAUAUGGGAUAUUACCUAGCAUAUGGUAUAUAUCCUCAAUGGGCUGCAUUUAUUCCAACAAUAAGUCUUCCGCAAAAUGAAAAAGAAAGUCUAUUUGCCCAAAACCAAGAGAGCAAACGAAAAGAUGUGGAACGUGCAUUUGGAGUAUUACAAGCUCGUUUUGCUAUAAUUCGACAACCAGCUCUAGCGCGUGAUAAAGAAAUGUUAGGGAAAAUAAUAAUCGCCUGCAUUAUUAUCCACAACAUGGUAGUUGAAGAUGAACGAGAUUCAUAUUCGUUUUGA